GAUCUUGUAAUCACAAAAGUGGGAGAUUGUUGGAAGUUAAUUGGCAUGGUGGACAUGGGAACCACAAAUGAAAAUAUUGAUAUUAUCUGCAAAGGAAAAAAGGUUACAAGGCUUGCCUCACAGGCUUUGCAGUUUGUUUUCCAUGGCUUUACAGGUUUCAGAUGGCCCGUCUCCUACUAUGGUUCCACAACUGCCACAUCACACCAGCUCUACCUGACGUUUUGGAAGAGUGUUGAUGUUUUGGAAGAAAUGGGUUUUACAGUGGACUACAUGAUGGCAGAUGGGGCAACCACAAACAGAUCAUUCACUUCUAUGUUGUUUAAUGGAAACCCAAGGGAGGAAUUAUUUCUAUUCAAAAAUGUGUAUAAUAGAGAGCAUGUCAUAGUUGCCAUACAAGACAUCAAACAUGUGUUGAAAAGAAUUAGAAACAACAUAGAAUCAAGCAGAAGGGAAAAUCAGGGGAACUCUAAUGGACGUUACCUUGUUUUGGAAGGGCAGGCAAUUCUAUGGGACCACUGGGAGGAAUGUUUUUUUUUCAAUUAUCAGGGUGGCUUUGAAAUCCACAACAAAUUAACUGAAGACCAUAUCACUCUGACGGCAGCCUCAAAAAUGCGCAACCAACUGGCCAUUGAUGUUCUGAAUAAGAACAUGCUGUUCCUCAUGAAAAGUUACCAACAGACAUUGCCAGAUCCUGAACGACUUUCAUCAUCAAUAAGACUGCUAGAAGCUACAUCAAUUAUAUGUGAUAUUUUCUGCAGCAUUAACCACCCUGUAACAUCCAUGGAGGAUCCAAGGAUAGCAGAGAUAUUUCAAGCUCUUCAAUUCUUCAACAGGUGGGAGGCUGACACAUUGGAUUCUUCCCCUACACUUGCCAAGAAGAAUCUGAUGACAAAAGAAACAAGAGAUGACAUCAACUCAUCCUUGGUUGGAUUCACCUCACUGUGUAGGCAGACAAUAGGCAAGGGCAACACCUUAAAUCCUGGCUUUCUGAAUUCUGACCUCAUUGAAAACUUCUUCUGCCAGCAACGAGGAAUUCGAAAUGGCUUAAAUUCUAAUCCUACAUUGGCACAGUUUGGUAAAUCCAGUACAGCAGUUAUACUUGGCCAGUGCAUAGUGUCAAGGAGGGCCAAUGCAUCAGAAUCUGCCUCAGCUAGUAAUUUCCGUGCUAAGUUAUCAAGACCUUUAAACUCCACAAGGAAAAGCAAGAAGCAAAUUAAAAUGAGGAAAUUGAGAAUAUGAGCCCUGAAAAGAUUCUCAGUCCACCAAAUUAACAUCCCAGUAAUUAAC